CCGAGUGCAAGCGGUGGAAGGCGGAAGUGGGAGAGGAGUUAGGCUCCGCUUCUGUGGUCCCUGCUACGGUAGCGAGAGUCAGCACGGUGAGCUCGGCGGACAGCGGAGUGUCCUGGUGAUGACAUGGCAUCUGCCAGCUCCAGCCGGGCGGGAGUGGCCCUGCCUUUUGAGAAGUCUCAGCUUGCUUUGAAAGUGGUGUCAGCAAAGCCCAAGGUGCACAAUCGCCAACAUCGAAUUAACUCAUUUGUGGAAGUGGCAGUGGAUGGACUCCCCAGUGAGACCAAGAAGACUGGGAAGCGAAUUGGGAGCUCCGAGCUUCUCUGGAAUGAGAUCAUCAUUUUGAAUGUCACGGCCCAGAGUCAUUUAGAUUUGAAGGUCUGGAGCUGCCAUACCUUAAGAAAUGAGCUGCUAGGCACCGCCUCUGUCAACCUCUCCAAUGUCCUGAAGAACAAUGGGGGCAAAAUGGAGAACACACAGCUGACCCUGAACCUGCAGACGGAGAACAAAGGCGGUGUUGUCUCAGGCGGUGAGCUGACAAUUUUCCUGGACGGGCCGACUGUUGAUCUGGGAAGUGUGCCUAAUGGCAGUGCCGUGACAGACGGAUCGCAGCCGUCUUCGAGAGAAUCCAGUGGGACAGCUGUCACUCCAGAGAAUCGGCACCAGCCCCCCAGCACAAACUGCUUUGGAGGGAGAUCCCGGACGCACAGACAUUCAGGUGGUUCAGCCAGAACAACCACAGCAACCAGCGAGCGAAGCCCUGGUACUAGCAACCGGCACCGCCAGCCCAUCAAGAACCCAAGCCACAGUGGCUUGGCCAAUGGCACAGUGACUGAUGAACCUACUGGAGCCACGGAUCCCGAAGAACCUUCUGUUGGUGUGACACCCCCACCUGCUACAGCAUUGAGUGUUACCCCAAACCCUGCUGCAGAGUCUCUCCCUGCUCCGGCCACGCCAGCUGAAGGAGAGGAGCCCAGCACUUCGGGCACACAGCAGCUCCUGGCGGCUGCCCAGGCCCCAGAUGCUUUGCCUGCUGGAUGGGAACAACGAGAGUUGCCCAAUGGCCGUGUCUAUUAUGUUGACCACAAUACCAAGACAACCACCUGGGAACGGCCCCUUCCUCCAGGCUGGGAGAAACGCACAGACCCUCGAGGCAGGUUUUACUAUGUGGACCACAACACUCGGACCACCACCUGGCAGCGCCCCACAGCCGAGUAUGUGCGGAACUAUGAGCAGUGGCAGUCGCAGCGGAAUCAGCUCCAGGGCGCCAUGCAGCACUUCAGCCAAAGAUUCCUCUACCAGUCUUCGAGUGCUUCAACCGACCAUGACCCACUGGGCCCCCUCCCUCCUGGCUGGGAGAAGAGACAGGACAACGGACGGGUGUAUUACGUGAACCAUAACACACGUACUACCCAGUGGGAGGACCCUCGGACCCAGGGGAUGAUCCAGGAGCCCGCUCUGCCCCCAGGAUGGGAGAUGAAGUACACCAGUGAGGGGGUGCGCUACUUUGUGGACCAUAAUACCCGCACCACCACCUUUAAGGAUCCUCGCCCAGGGUUCGAGUCAGGGACGAAGCAAGGUUCCCCGGGUGCCUAUGACCGAAGUUUUCGGUGGAAAUAUCACCAGUUCCGUUUCCUCUGCCAUUCAAAUGCCCUCCCAAGCCACGUGAAGAUCAGCGUUUCCAGGCAGACACUUUUUGAAGAUUCUUUCCAACAGAUCAUGAACAUGAAGCCCUAUGACCUGCGCCGCCGGCUCUACAUCAUCAUGCGUGGCGAGGAGGGCCUUGACUACGGGGGAAUUGCCAGAGAGUGGUUUUUCCUCUUGUCCCACGAGGUGCUCAACCCCAUGUAUUGUUUAUUUGAAUAUGCCGGGAAGAACAAUUACUGCCUGCAGAUCAACCCUGCCUCCUCCAUCAACCCCGACCACCUCACCUACUUCCGCUUUAUUGGCAGAUUCAUUGCCAUGGCUUUGUACCAUGGAAAGUUCAUUGACACGGGCUUCACACUCCCUUUCUACAAGCGGAUGCUCAAUAAGAGACCAACCCUGAAAGACCUGGAGUCCAUUGACCCUGAAUUCUACAACUCUAUCAUCUGGAUCAAAGAGAACAACCUAGAGGAGUGUGGCCUAGAACUGUACUUCAUCCAGGACAUGGAGAUUUUGGGCAAGGUGACCACCCACGAGCUGAAGGAAGGUGGUGAGAACAUCCGAGUGACAGAGGAGAACAAGGAGGAGUAUAUCAUGCUGCUGACCGACUGGCGUUUCACCCGGGGUGUGGAAGAGCAGACCAAAGCCUUCCUGGACGGCUUCAACGAGGUGGUCCCCCUGGAGUGGUUGCGCUACUUUGAUGAGAAAGAGCUGGAGCUGAUGCUGUGCGGUAUGCAAGAGAUAGACAUGAACGACUGGCAGAAGAAUACCAUCUACCGGCACUACACCAAGAACAGCAAGCAGAUCCAGUGGUUCUGGCAGGUGGUGAAGGAGAUGGACAAUGAGAAAAGCAUCCGGCUGCUGCAGUUUGUUACAGGGACCUGCCGCCUGCCUGUCGGGGGAUUUGCUGAACUCAUUGGUAGCAAUGGACCACAGAAGUUUUGCAUCGACAAGGUUGGCAAGGAAACCUGGCUGCCCAGAAGCCAUACCUGUUUCAACCGUCUGGAUCUCCCACCAUACAAGAGCUAUGAGCAGCUGAAAGAGAAGCUGCUGUAUGCCAUCGAGGAGACCGAGGGCUUUGGACAGGAGUAGCUGAGGCUGCAUCCUCCGGUGCCCCCCCAGCACACAUGUAGUCACGAGUCCUCCCUGCCUGAGAGGCUGCUGGCUGCAGCCCCUGGGAGGCCCCUGCAGAUGGCAGCCCUGCGUGGGACCACAGUGUCAUCAGGCUGAUGGCAGCCGAGCCCGACCUCAAAAGGCACUGCCCCCUCCUCUGACCUACCCACUGGUGGCAGUCUGGAAUAAAACCCCUUAGUCACCUUAGCCCCACCACCCACUGCAGUUUGGAGGGCUGACCCUCUGCAGAGCUCACACUCCCUCUCCCCUGAGGACCACUGUAGACGUGUGUGUGUGUGUGUGUGUGUGUGUGUGUGUGUGUGUGUGUGUGCGUGCAAGGGAGAUGCCCCUGCUGAAGGGCUGCAGCACAGGCCCUGGCCCCUGGGCUAGUUAGGUGAGAAGAAGACUGGCCACUUGGGGUGGCUGACUGGGUUGAGAAGGCCUGGGGUCCUUGCCAGUAUAAGAGGUUCUGUUUCAAAAGAACUGUCCCAAUGGCCUGUACAAAAUGAAGGUCUGAGAGAGAGGAGCUCUUCCCACACCCAGAGCUCUGGAUCAAGGCUGUCUUGCUUCCUUCCCUAGCAGGCUCUAGCCACGGAGGCUGAGCAGCAGGCCCCUCUCUCCACUCAGAGCUGGCCAGUUCACUCUUCCCAGCCAGUAAAGGGGUGUGCCAGUUGCUUGGCUAUCAGUGGGAUGGAAACAGCAACUCAGACUUUUCUUUUCCCUUUACAUAAACUUGAAGCAUUUUGUGUGUAGGGUUGCUUUGUGUUCUGUUGCUGGUGUGCUGUUGUCACGUUCUGUCAAGGAGAUGGUGCACCAGGUGUUGCUGGGACUUGGGAGACUUAGCACCGUUAGUCUAAGAAUUUCCCAAAUAGCUGUUCCUCUUAGGAACCAGCUUAGCAGUUUUGUGAGCUCAGGCAGCUGAACGUCACGGCAGUCUCAUCCCUGAGCCUUGACAAAGAUGGAAGGGAUGGAGCCCAGAGUUGCACCCAACCUUGCUUCCUUUGAGAGAGGAGAACUCCCUUUGCUAGAUGCAAUCACUGAGGCUCUAGACCUCCACGUGGGUCUGUUAGUCCCCUGUUGAGAAUGAAGUGCAACCCCACCACCCCAGCGCAUGUUCGUUCUGUGUAGAAGUGAGGAUUUGCCUGCACACAGGAAACAGUGCUCUGGGGAACCGGCUGGAGGGCCCUGAGCAGCUGCACACAUCGGACUUGAUUUCUGGAGCCCUCGGGGGCUCUGUCAGGGACAUUCUGCCAUGUAUUGAUAUCUUUGGGGUGAACAUGCUCCUCUGGGAUGCCAGAGCAGCGAUGGUCCUAAACUUCCCAACCCAGCCCCCCAGGUUCUAGUGCCAGCACCAACUGCAAACUAGCUCCAGCUUCCUGGGACCCCAGGCAGGCCCUCAGACUAGUCAUGGACCUUGAAAGGAUAGUUCUGCGUUCCCAGAUCCUUGUCCUUCCCCCAGGCCCAUGGAGGGACUGCCUGUGUGCACUGUGUUGGGUGUGCUGAUUGGAGUGGCUCAGCUCACUGCAGCUGAACCCUUUUUCUCCCCUGGGGUCGUUUGCUGUGCUUCUCUGCAGUGUCUCACCACGUCAGGGGUCAGGGUGUGAGCUGCCGUGCAGAGUUUGGAAACCUUGGACUUACAUGUGUUCAGAGCGUGUUCAUGUGCGCAUGUGUGUAUAUAUGUGUAUAUAACAGGUGUCUACAGAAUGUCCUUUGGUAGCUCUGGGUUGGUCAUCGGAUUGUUUUGUAAUGCCUCUUGCCAAGGCAUUGCCAGGUUCCUGUGCAAUAAACAGUCAACUGCUA